CUUACUCAAAUAAGUUCUUCUUAGAGAUCCAAUUUGUUUCCCAUUCUCUUCUCGAUUUUGGAGAUCAUUAGCUAAGUUCGACGAAGAUUUUGCGAAGAAUUAGAGUGUUGAAAACCCUAGGAUGUGUCUUUAGCGAAGGAAAACAAUGGCGAAAGCGUCGACGAUGCAAAAGAAGAGAUGGGCACUGAUGGUUUUGUUGGUUCUAUCUAUAUCAACAGUGGGUGUGAUUCUCGUGAGAUCUAGCUUUGAAUCCUGUAGCGUUGGUGGCCAAUUCGUGGAUAGCAGCGCCUUGAAGUUUCAAUCGAAUCCUCUAGCUUUCAUGAAAUCGAAACUUGUUUUAUUAGUCUCCCACGAGCUAUCACUCUCAGGUGGACCUUUGCUCUUAAUGGAAUUGGCGUUUUUGUUAAGAGGGGUUGGUGCUGAAGUUGUUUGGAUCACUAAUCAGAAACCACUUGAAGAAGAUGAAGUUGUCUAUAGUCUUGAACACAAGAUGUUAGAUCGAGGAGUUCAGGUUAUCUCUGCAAAGGGUCAGAAAGCUGUGGAUACAUCUCUCAAGGCUGAUUUGAUUGUUCUUAAUACUGCUGUGGCUGGGAAAUGGCUGGAUGCUGUUCUUAAGGAAAAUGUUGUUAAAGUUCGACCUAAGAUCCUUUGGUGGAUUCAUGAGAUGAGAGGACAUUAUUUCAAUCUAGAUUUGGUCAAACACCUCCCGUUUGUUGCAGGGGCUAUGAUUGAUUCGCAUGCAACGGCAGAAUACUGGAAAAACAGAACUCAAGCUCGCUUAGGGAUUAAGAUGCCCAAAACUUACGUUGUGCACCUAGGAAAUAGCAAGGAUUUGAUGGAAGUAGCUGAAGAUAGUGUUGCCAAGAGAGUUCUCCGUGAGCACGUCCGAGAAUCUCUUGGACUGCGGAAUGAAGACUUACUCUUUGGCAUUAUCAAUAGUGUAUCGCGUGGAAAAGGACAGGACCUGUUCCUUCGAGCCUUCCACGAAAGUCUUGAAAUAAUCAAAGAGAAGAAACUUCAGGUACCAACAAUGCAUGCAGUAGUAGUAGGAAGUGACAUGAGUCGGCAGACAAAGUUCGAGACAGAGCUACGCAACUUUGUCCAAGAAAAGAAACUUGAGAACUAUGUCCACUUUGUCAACAAAACUCUAACCGUAGCUCCAUAUAUAGCAGCCAUAGACGUUCUUGUCCAGAACUCCCAAGCCAGAGGAGAAUGCUUUGGGAGAAUAACAAUCGAAGCCAUGGCCUUUAAGCUACCUGUACUUGGCACUGCAGCCGGAGGAACAAUGGAGAUUGUAGUGGAUGGAACGACCGGUCUGUUACAUACCGUAGGGAAAGAAGGAGUGAUACCUCUCGCCAAGAACAUAGUGAAAUUGGCGAUGCAAGUUGAGUUACGGCUAACAAUGGGAAACAAUGGAGAAGACGACUUAGAGAGGAGACGCAACUUCAUUGAUAUGUACAAGUUUGAGCUCGGUUUUCGCAAGAGCUACCAAGAAAAACUCGAAACUGCAAUGGAGAAAUUGGAAGCUUUAAAGAAAGAGUUUAAAGAAACUGAAGACGAUCUCAAAUAUCUUACCACUACUCGUGUGGAAAGGAUUGGAGAAAUUGUGAAACCUCUAGACAAAAAACGAUUUAUUGUGAAAGGAAACGAUGGAGGUCGUUACGUAGUGAAUUGCUGUAACAAAGUGGAACAAUCAAAGCUAGUUUCUGGAACCAGAGUUACUCUUGAGAAAAAAUCGUUGACGAUAAUGAGAAUUCUCCCUCCUAUUGUUAAUCCGUUGGUUUAUAAUAUGGUGCAUCUACAUCGUGGCGAUGUUAGAUAUUCAGAUAUUGGUGGUUUAUCUAAACAAAUCAGAGAUCUAAGAGAUUACAUUGAACUUCCUCUCACAAAUCCUGAAGUUUUUCAACGAGUUGGUGUAAAGCUUCCCAAGGGAGUACUUCUUUAUGGACCUCCUGGAACUGGAAAGACAUUGUUAGCUAGAGCAAUUGCUAGCAACAUCGAUUCGACUUUUAUGACGGUUGUUUCUAGCGCGCUUUUAAGCAAAUACUUGGGAGAUAGUUCAUUGUUAGUGAGAGAGAUGUUUAGAUAUGCUCGUGAUCAUCAACCUUGUAUCAUCUUUAUGGAUGAGAUUGAUGCUAUUGGUAGACGUCGUGGAUCAAGUGAAGGAGAAGUAAAAACUAGUGAAUGUGAUAGAGUACUCAUUGAGCUUCUUUCUCAACUUGAUGGAUUCAAUGAACUUGAUAAGGUGAAAGUAAUAAUGGCAACAAAUAGGCCUGAUGUUCUUGACCCUGCGCUUCUUCGACCAGGUAGAAUCGAUAAGAAGAUAGAGAUUCCAUUGCCUAAUGGAGAUUCUAGAAUGAGAAUCCUCAAGAUUCAUGCUUCUGGUAUAACUAAACAUGGAGAUAUCGAUUACGAAAAAGUCGUGAAACUAUCUGAGGGUUUCAAUGGAGCAGAUAUGCGUAACAUAUGUACUGAAGCAGGGAUGUUUGCUAUACGUGCAGAGCGCGAUUACGUUGUUCCAAACGAUUUCAUCAAGGCUGUAACAAAACUAGGCGAAGCGAAGAAACUUGAGUCCAGUGCACAGUACAAUGCUGAUUUUCGGAAAGAGUAAAGAUCGAAACAUACAGAAGAAGGGAUAUAGAUGACUAACAAAUUCAUCAAAAGAAG